AUGGUCGAUGAUGUGUACCUUCCGGUACGACUAGACCACAGGCCGUAUUGGUCGAUGAAGUACCUUCCGAUGGCCAAAAUCGCAAAUUUGGAUUUUGCACCUCUAACUGUGAGGGGUGACAAUUACCUACAAUGGGCACUAGAUGUCGAGAUUUCUCUUGGAGCCAAAGGCCUAGAGCAUUGUAUUGUUCCUCAGAACAAAGCUACUAAGAAAAAGAACUCUAAGACCCUCAUGCUCAUCCGUCAUCACAUUGAGGAGAGCUUAAAAGCUCAGUACCUCACAGUGAGUAAUCCAUACGAGUUAUGGAAAGAGCUUCAGAUGAGAUAUGAUCACCAGAAGACCUUGAUUCUUCCGGGUGCCACCUAUGAGUGGCUUCAUCUCAGGAUUCAAGACUUUAAGUCUGUGAAUGAGUACAACUCAGCCAUGUUUAAGAUAGUCUCAAAACUGAGGCUAUGCGGCGAGACUAACAACGAGCUGCUCUUGAAGAACAGUGAGCUUAGACCACCUGGAUCUAAGCCUGUCCCUGAGGCAAAUCAUACCUCAAAUGAGCCUGAUGAUGGUGCUGAAGCCAACCAUGUCCGAUAUGACCAUAAGGGCCGCGGAUCCUCAUAUGGAAGAGGACGUGGCCGUAGAGGUCAUGGGCGAGGACGUGGACAAGGUGGCAACAGCAAAGGGCGCAACACCCCUUAUGACCGUCCAAACCAGUCCAAUAAUGGACAAGGUAAAAGCAGAGGCAAUGGGACUUCUUCAAAGCCACAGAAUCCUGCAAGCUCACCUUGCCAUAGAUGCGGAAUGAUGAAUCAUUGGGCAAAGAAUUGCCGCACAGCCAAGCAUCUGGUCGACCUCUAUCAAGAGAGUCUUAAGGGCAAGAAUCCGGAAGCACACAUGGUGUACAAGGAUGGUGAGGACGAUUUUGAUCAUGACAAGGACGACCUCAUGGACUUUGAGACUUCAGACAUACUCACUAUGCUGAAUGAUGAUCCAGUCGAAUAA